AUGAACCAGCUCCGGAACAUCAGGCGUUUGGAGCCACUCCAGGGCCCCCCAAAGUGGGUCCCCGCCCUGGGCGAGCUGCAGAAGACCCUCCAGAAGGGCGAGUACUUGCCCCUCCGCCCGCUGCCCAUGUUCGAGAGUAACUUUGUCCAGGUGACCAAUCGAGGGGCCCCGGUGUUGGUGCACCACAGAACCAACCGAGUGACCAUGGGCGUGGCCGCCUCCCUGCCAGGCCUGGUGUUGCCAGACAUCCUGCUGAUCGCCCAGCCCCCUGAAGGCAGGGAGUGCUCCCACCUCGUCCUCACCAGGAUGAUCCCACUGGACCUGGCCCACCUCUAUGUCCACGACCUGUCCGCCUGGCGCCUGAAGCUGCGCCUGGUCACGGGCCGCUACUACUACCUGGAGCUGGAUGCCCCUGACAGUGAGGUCGGCUUCCUGUUCGACCGCUGGAUCCGCCUCAUCAACCUGCUCCAGCAGCCCGCCACCUCUUGGGCCCCCAGGACCCUACACACGCCCCCCGUGGACCUGGCCCACGUAGCACCUCCUGCUUCUACCUGGCGUCUCCAGGACCCGGCCCACCACAGACGUUCAGUCAUGAUUGCCAGGCCCACCUUUCCUUACAAGAUUCUGACAACUCAGAGACAGAGGAAGGCCAAGACCCUCAAGCGCAAAUUCAAGUCUCAGGCCGUGGGGGACUCCGUGCCUCUCAUCUGGUCGCAGCUGGAGCAAGCUGACGCGAGAAAGAAAUCCACAGAAAAAAAACCUCAGAUCGAAGUCCAAGUUUCUGGUGAGCUCAACCCUUCCCUCUGCCUCCACGAAUGGACCCCCGAAAUGCUGACCCUUCUGCUGAGGGCUCAGACUGCUUUCUCCCCCCCAGAAAAGCCCAGUAUCACCAUUCGGACCAUCUUCAGCAUCUUUUCCAACACACCCAACCGCAUGGUGUCCUCUUCCAAGCGUUGCUCUGAUUCCGAGGGGGCCACAUGCCUGGCAGGUUUACAUGAGACCCCUGCAUGCUGUAUCUCAGAGGACAGCCCUGAAAUGCCCUUGCUGAGCUCCUGUGAUCACUUAGAUAUGUACCUGUGGCAACAGGACAUGGACGACCUGAUGGACCCCGAGUCCAGUACCCUGUCCACGUCCUCCCUCUGCCCAGCCGCUUACCCUCCCGACUGCCUCGGGUGCAAUGGAAAGGCCAGGCCUCUGGACUCAGGGCAGAGGCUGUGGCCACCGCCCUCCCAGAAGCCCCCAGCGGUCCCUGCUGCCUCUUGUAAGGCUCCAUUCAUCCUUGACCAGACCCAGAAGGUCUCGGCUGCGCCUGCUCCGCCCCAGAAGAUCUCAACUGCACCCUGCCCACCCUGGAAAGCCUCAGCUCUUCUUGCCGCUCCCCAGGAGGCCCCAGCCACACCCGGCCCGUCUCGGAAGACCCCACGUGUACCGGCCGUUCCCCACAAGGCCCCAGCCGCGCCUGCCAAAUCUCGGAAGGCCCCACGUGUACCGGCCGUUCCCCACAAGGCCCCAGCCGUGCCUGCCGAAUCUCGGAAGGCCCCACGUGUACCGGCCGUUCCCCACAAGGCCCCAGCCGUGCCUGCCGAAUCUCGGAAGGCCCCACGUGUACCGGCUGUUCCCCCGAAGGCUGUGUCCCCCCCUGCUCUGAAGAGGAAAUCUGUGUUCCUACCUACCCCAUCCCAGAAGGCGGUGACCUUACCUACUCAAUACCAGAUGACAAUGGACCCUGCCAACGUCAGCGUGUUGCCUGUGGGACGUCAUGGAGGAGAUGUGCUUGAGAAAAGCAAGCCUGAAGGGAAGCCAGAGCCAGUGAUGUUGAUGGGCACCCAGGAGACAAACAUAGUAGAGAUGAGGACUCAGAAAACAUCCCUGGAGCUGCCUUUCACCACCACCAAGAAGGAGUCAGAGGAAGUCCUGGUCAGCAGAGCCCAGGAGAUCACCGUGGAUGGCUUGAAGGGCAAGGGCAAGUUGGAGGACAAGGUCCUCAGGAUGAAGGAGGAGAUCUCUCUGGACAGGCCAGGCUUCAAAUCCAAGGAGGUGGGGCAGCGGAAGAAGUGGGUCAAGACCCAGGAGCUGGCCAUCGAGGGAGACCCGCAGGGGCAGACCAGGCCCUUCUCAGUGGAAGGGCUCACCCUUGCCAAGCUGAUGAUCACUGCCAGCUCCAAGGAUCCCUCCUUCAGAUCGGCUCUCAUCAAUCUGCCCUCCUGGCUCUCAACCCAGCAGGGGUCUGCCAUGCCAGCAAUGGGCACAGUACCCCUCCACAGCACCAAGGUGUCCCGGCCGGAGAAGACACCGGUGGCGGUCAGGGAGCAGUCACAGUUUGGGGCCUGGGCGAAGGGGAACACGCGUCCAUGGGCGGAGGUGGAGGAGGUGCCCGAGGACCCAAAGGGGCCUUCCAAAGUGGCCCCCUGCCCCAAGCGUGCCACCAGCAGCUCCACGAUGAACGUUGCCUCCCUGACUCCCAUCCCUCUGCCCUCAGUGAGGUGGGAGGACGUACCCGAGUCGCCUGCCUCGCUGACCCCCAUCUCAAAGUGGGAGGCCAGGGUCUCCCAACAGCCCAGGAGGGUAUCUCAAGAGCUCAAGAGGGUGCCGGACCAGUGCCCUGUGGCCACAGUGGGGUCGUCCUUAGAGAUUCUCUUGCCCACUCUCUUGGAAAUUGAGACUAUGAAGGACACAGCCUCCGAGGUGGAAAAGAUAAAAGAGGAACUGGGCGUCUUUGCUCCUUCAGCCAGGUAUUUGGGGUGA